AUGUUAUGCAUUUUCCCAACGAUUAUAGCAAGCAAUAAUUCACCAACAGCUCAAACAGACCAGGGUGUUUAUAUUGGUCGACAAAUAACAAUAAACGGCUCGAAUGUAAAUUAUUGGUACGGUAUACCAUAUGCGCAACAGCCCAUUAGUGGUCUUAGAUGGAUGCCCCCUCAGCCUCUUCCAAUGUCCAAUGGUACUCAAUUCGCAUAUACUAACAACGUGUGCCCACAAGGAAGUGGCUUUGAGCCACCAUUUACUGAGGCUUGUCUAGUGUUAAACGUGUACGCCCCUGAAAACGCAACAAAUUUACCCGUAUACGUUUACAUUCAUGGAGGUGGUUUCAGUGGUGGUAUUGCCAUAAAUUAUAAUGCUAUACCGCUUGUUGGUACAAGUAUAAGCCAUGCAGUUCCUAUAGUAGUCGUUUCAAUUAACUAUCGACUCGGUUUACUUGGUUUUCUUGCAGACCAAGCACUCUAUGAUGAAAAAUCAGGUAUUAACAAUAGAAGUACUACAGGUAAUUACGGAAUAUUAGAUCAAAUGAUGGCACUCGAUUGGAUAAAGAAGAAUAUUUUUGGUUUUGGUGGUAAUCCCAGCGAAAUCACUAUUGGUGGCGAAAGUGCUGGUGGUAUUUCUGUCAGUAUUCUACUUACAUCGCCAUUAGUUCCGGAUGGUACAUUUCAAAGAACAAUCAUAGAGAGUGGUGGCCUCUGGCCCAAUUUGAUUAGUACAUUUGAAGAUGCCAUCAAUCAUACCGGCAAAGUUUUGCGAGCUGCUACAAAUUGCACUACAGCACAAUGUCUUCGUAAUUUGACAGUGAAACAGAUUCUUUCUGUUCAAGCAACUAUUGGGUCAAAGGACAUUGUUGGAGCGGCUAUCACAGCAGUUAUUGACAACUAUGUUUUAAAUGAUAUAGUGGAAAAUAAUUAUGCGAGAGGAAAGUUCAAAAAAGUGCCUAUGCUAAUCGGAUCGACUACAAACGAGACGAGUCUACGGACAUGUGCACACUUUCAUGAUUCGGCCACUAUCGCUCAAGUUCAAGCGGUCUUUGCUGCGCUGUACAAUGGCACUGUUAUUAAUAAAAUCUUUGAUGUUUAUGGACCUAUUUCAACCUAUAGCAAUCCAUUGGCGUACUUAAAUCUAGUCUAUAGUGAUUCUUGGGCACAUUGUGGAUCUAGACGUAUCGCUGCCAGAUUCUCUGCUCACAAUAUAUCCUCUUACUUAUAUACAUAUAGUCAUUUCGUACCUGCUAUACGUGCUUGUAUUGGUGUACUCCAUACAGCUGAACUUGCGAUGAUUUUUCCACAAUAUGUUUCUAUCUUCUUUCCCAAUUAUAAUUUAACUGCCGAAGAACAACAACUUUCCACUAACAUGAUGUUGUAUUGGGCUAAUUUUAUUCGAACAUCCAAUCCGAAUUUCGAUGAAAGUCCAGCAAAUUGGGAGGCUUAUUCAAUCGAUGCCGAUAAUGAUUUCGUUUUCGAUAUUCAUUCACAAAUGAGGCUUCAUUAUUAUAAUGCCACUUGUUCUGGUUUAUGGGAUCAGUAUGCAAUUACAAAUAGUACUCUGACAUAA